CCGUAUCAUAUCAACAUAUGCGCCCCAAGCUUUGUUGCGACGAAACGUGCCUUUGCCAAAAAAUAAUAUUGUUCAAACAAAAAUAAAAUAAAGUGUAAAUUAAUUCAGCGUGUAACGAAAAAGCUCGUCUCUACCGCGCAAGCGUGAAUCUGUCAAAUGUCCGUCGAACGAUCCGCGCGUCAAUUUGCAUAAAAAUAGUGCAGCAAAGCUUUAUUUUCUAAGCUUUUACUAGUUUUGUGCCCUUUAAAGGCUGUUUUUAUUGUGAUAAUUGGUGUACACAAUGACGAAGGAUACAGCUAUUGCCUUAGACAGUAUAUUAGAGCAGUUGGGGCCUUUUGGAAGAUAUAAUAUUGUGAACUAUGCAUUAUUGUUGUUUCCCAUAUUUUUAGCGGGAAUGUUUGGAUCAGUGUACGUUUUUGAGGCACCAGACAUUGGAUAUAGAUGCAAAAUAAACGAAUGCGAAACAUUGAACGAUACUAAAUGGACGUACUACGCGAUACCUCCGGAAAAGGAAGUGUUGUCAAAAUGCAGGAGGUAUCGUUUUGCUGAAAACACAAGUGAGAUCACAUGCUCGGCGAAAGAUUUCAACACUGCUGUCGUUGAUAAAUGUAGUUCUUUUGUUUAUGACGACGAGGAUUCUGCUGUUAGAGAUUUCGACUUAGGCUGUCAAAACUGGAAAAGGACUCUUAUAGGCACAGUCCACAACGCAGGUCUAUUUGUUUCGCUCCCUCUUACGGGAAUAUUGUCAGACAAGUACGGGAGAAGAGUAGCGUUGGCAGUCGCGUCUCUGAUGAACGGGAUAUUUGGUUUCAUCAGGUCGUUUUCUACGAGUUACGUCAUGAUGUUGGUCUUCGAGUUUUUAGAAGCUGGGUUGGGUGCUGGGGCUUACAGUACGGCUUUUGUAAUAGCAAUGGAACUAGUUGGACCAAAAGGCAGAGUAUUUGGAAAUACUCUGAUAAAUGCUGUCUACGUCAUGGGCCUCAUGACGUUAGCUGGUCUAUCAUGGAAACUACAAAGCUGGAGGACACUUCUGAGGAUUAUUUACACACCAGCAUUACUAGUAAUCUCAUAUCUGUGGAUAUUGAAUGAAAGCGUCCGCUGGCUCAUCAGUAAAGGGAGGCACCACGACGCAGCAAAUAUUUUGAAGAAAGCAGCUAAGAUGAACAAUGUAGACUUGUCAGAAGACGUCCUAUCACCGCUUUAUGAGCUAGAAAAGAAAGCCAUAGCAGAACCCGACGAGAAAGAAAAGGAGAUAGCACCAAGCGAAGAAAAGGUGCAACAGAAAGAGACAUCUACAUUCAGAGACGUUAUAAAAUCGAGUAUUAUAAGAAAAAGAGUGUUUGUGUGUUCGUUUUUGUGGAUAACCUGCACUUUUGUUUACUAUGGACUCUCAAUCAAUUCAGUGUCAUUAGCAGGGAACAAGUAUGUAAACUUUAUGCUGGUGGCCUUUGUUGAAAUUCCCGCGAAUUUUAUGUGUUUGCUAGUGCUGGACAGAUUUGGACGAAAAAAGCCUUUAAUAAUUACCUAUAUAUUGAGUGCGUGUCUAUGCAUCAGUUUGUCAUUCGUGCCAAAAGAUCACAAGCUUUGGUCGUUGAUAUUGUACUUAUCUGGAAAGUUCUCGAUCACUGUGGCGUACAGUUCGGUGUAUAUCUACGUGUCUGAAGUAUUCCCAACAAGCGUCAGGCAGUCACUGUUGGCUGUGUGCUCCAGCCUCGGCAGGAUCGGCUCCACGUUGGCUCCCCUCACACCUUUACUGGCGUUGUACUACGACAACCUGCCAGCGAUAUUCUUCGGGUGUCUGGCACUGAUUGCCAGCCUGAUGGUGUUUACCCUCCCGGAGACCAUCAACGUUCCACUUCCAGACACAGUCGAAGAGGCCGAGAGGCUGUCCCGCACGAAGGACCACAAGCAAUACGCGUGAAUUUCAAUUUUGUCAAGUAAUUACUGACAAAAGAUUUUAAAGUACUAAAGCAUAAUAGUACCAACUUUUCCGAGGAUUUUAUUAGACUAAAUGGCUUACCACAGGAUUGAACAGGGUGUUAGUGACAACAUAACGACAGCAAGAAAAAAAGAACGUCUACUUGAUGGUACAAAAAGAUUUAGAUUUUUUGCUGCACAUUUUUUUGUGUCACUAACACCCUGUAUAGGUGCUAUAAAUUAAAUAUCCGCUUGACCAGAAUCGGAACGUAAGGAUUUCUUGCUUGGAUUUGACUCCUAAAGAACACUGUGAUCCACGCCUAUAUCUAACAUAAUAGCACAAAUUAUGAGAUUAGAUAAUAUUGUGCAGCAUACAUUUCGCAUUCGUAUUCGAAUGUUCCAUCGCCGAAUAGUACGAAGACAGUUAUUGUAAUUUCUAAAGGCCAGUCAGACCUGGCCACCUCCGACGUCAUGUUAGCUAACUCUGAUCCGAAAUUCUUCAGACAAAAUACAUAAAGAAUAAAGAAUUCUUGCAUGAAAUCUUACUUACCUGUUGAUAAGUCGACGAUACUAAAAGGCUUGAAGUAGAGACACGAAUAGAAUCAGACACCAUAAAUAGGGCUUUUAAUUAUGCUCCAAAUUUGAAUUACGUCACUCAGUGAAAUAGCUUUAAGUAAUGAACUAAAUAAACAUGACUGAACCCAAACACAAAAUUAAAAAAAUAGUCUUAUAGGUAAAAUGACGUGAGUGAAUUUAACCCUCGUAAAUCUUAUUUUCAGACGUCCUGUGGUCGUCAUGAGAAUAUUAAACUAAGCUUCUCUGAAAACCGUCUUUAACAAAUCACUGAUGCGAAUUUGAUGGAUAAUUCAAUGCCUAGGUAACAAGUUUGUGAAAUUUCCUUUUUUUUUGACAAGGAAAAAAAGUUAUUACAUCUACGUAUACAAACUUAUAAAAAGUGUUUUGAUAACGUUUUGUGGUGUGUUUUGUGUUAUGUAAGUGCAAAAUCUCGCUUGAUAUUGAUAAGCAAUCUUCUAUUGCUUUUAUUAAUACAUAUUAUAUUUCUUCCAAAACCUUCCAUUUUUUCUAGCUUUACGUGUAUCAACAGUUAGAUUAGGUUAGCGUGAAAAGUGAUGAAUAAAUAAUUUUUGACCAAUUAUUGUAUUAUCUUUUUGUGUGUAAGUAAAUUAUAAUUAAGUAAGCAUAAUGUGUUAUUUAAGAUUGUGAAAAAUGUUUUCUUUUUGUAAAAUACUGUGCGUCUACCACAAGAUCAAGAAACUAGGAAUAAAAAUGUCGCAACCAUUUCGUUAGAAAUAUCAAUCACGGGUCUUUGCCGAGUUGCAAGCGAUAAUGAAAAACAAUAGGAUACGAAUGACAGUAAUAAGGUAGCAUGUCAGCCUUAUAUAUUUUUAUCACUGUCACCAAAAAGUGACAAAAGUCACGGGCCCACUAACCAAUCCUUUCAAAUAUGAUCCCCUCGACAAACCCCAUUUGUCCGGCUACUUACGUAGUGAAUGCCAUAUGCGGCAUUCAGCCGGCGUGGUCAACGAUUUCCCUCAAUCAGUGCUUAUCGCUGUCGACCCACUAGGGUCGAUUAAUUCUUUCAAAUAUUUUUCCUCUCAGACGACACCCUAAGCCGAGAUUCGCGCCCAACUGGGCACCCUCAGGCCUGUUGUCUUAAACGUUGUACCGGGUGAGAGCCUUAAGCGCUCCCCAUUUGUCCGGCCAAGUAGUUAAUGCCAUCUGCGGCAAAUCUACAAUAAGUCACGUCAAAAAAAAAGGUCUCCCCAUCCUCUUUCUUCUAUUCCGUGAUCAAUACCAAUCAUUUAGUGCUUACUCUACACUAACCGUAUCACUGAUUUUUUAUUUCUAUUUUUGAUUGUAUCCAUCUGGUGGUAGAUGCACUAUGUUUUUUUUUCUAGGGCUCUUUACAACGCAACUGUAACGUCACUAAAAAAUGAAUUUGUUUUAAUAAUCAUGUGCCAUAAAAUCAAAAAUACACAAAGUUAUUCCAACUGUAAGGCUUAUAUUAUGUAGAUACGUUUAUGUUUUUUUUAUUAUUAUUAUGUAUUAAAUAUCUUUAAAGUCUUUAAAAUAGUUUAAUUUACAUCACGUCCAGGGCAAGCAAAG